AUGGUUCUUCAUCUUGUCACACUUCUCUCCCAUCUAAUGAUCAAUCAUCCAGUGAUUGUGGUCGGUCAUGAUUUUGGGACAGUGCCUGCUUCUCGAUUCGCUCUCUAUGAACCACAACGUGUUCAAGCUCUUAUUCUUCUGAGCGUUGGCUAUCGUCCGCCUGGCCCUCCGAGCAUCAGUCAAACUGCUGAUGUCGUCAACGAGAUAGUCGGCUAUGAUAUAUUUGGCUAUGCGAAAUUUUUCGGUUUGGAUUCAGAUGCGGCUCAGCUCAUUGAAAAGAAUGCGAACAGCUUUCUUGAUCUCGCGUACCCGCCUACAGAUGAUGCUCUUACUCUUUGGCGUUCGAAUUUUUCUCCCACAGGUAAACUAAAAGAAUGGCUUUUGGAAGGUAGACGCUUGCCUCGUCGCGCAUCUUAUUUAUCCGACACUGACUAUCACGUUUAUCUUGGCUAUAUCUUGGAAGGAAUGAAGCCAAAACUAAACUGGUAUACGGCUCAGUUGAACAAUAUUAACGAAGAAGAUGAACGAUAUUUAGAUCCUAAUUUACAAAUGCCAUGUCUCUUCAUUGGUGGUCUACGGGAUGCUGUCGGUGUUCCUGUAUUAUUUGCUGCUCAAAAACAAUAUAUGACGCAAUUGACGGUACUCGAAAUGAACGCUACUCAUUGGAUUAUGGAAGAGAUGCCCCAAGAAGUCAAUGAAGCUAUUGAGAAAUGGGUCAUGACUACUUUGAAAUAA